AUGCUCACCAAAUCCACUCACGUCUACGCCCACCACGGCCUCCCUCUGGAAUGCGACGUCUACACCCAAGACGCCGCCUCUGACACGCACGUCUUUAUCUACUUUCACCCUGGAGGACUUACAGAUUGGGGUCGCGAGUUUAUCGCCCCAUGGUUCGUACAGGCUUGUCUCGAGAGGAAAUGGACCUUGAUCAGCGCCAGUUACCGGCUCAUGCCUCAAGUGGGAACUCAAGGUCUUGUCGAUGAUGUUUCGGCGGCAUAUCAGUUUGCAAGAUCAUGGGCUGUCAAGGAUGGAAAAGAGCGGCCAGUCAUAUUGGGAGGUGCUAGUGCCGGUUUCUUUAAUUCUACCUUGGUCAUAAAUAAUUGCUCGCCACCACCUAUCGCUCUGCUGGGCAUUUGCGGACUUCACACCUUUCGUCAUCCUUUCUACAACUCAUCGACGCUCCUCCUCCCAGAGCCCAUCGAGGAUGCAGACGUGGCCGAGUUCAUCAGCAGACCGAUCGAAGUCGGCAAGCAGGAAGUGGGAAGCAUCGCAAGCUUUGCACUGGAAAAGCUGCUGCCUGAUGGAUCAAAGAACCCCAACUACAAAGCACCCCAGGCACCGGUGAUUUCAGAUCCGCCCAAGCACCCCAGAGGCCACCUCUACGAGUACUACAUCUACAAGAACGCCUGGCUCGACUUAGUUGGGGAGAUUGAUGCCGGUUAUACCUGGGCAAAGGACCCAAGCAACAGACGACGAGCCGAGAACUGGCCACCUACCGUUCUCAUACACGGAGACGCAGACCUGCAUGUGCCUCUGAAUUCUGCCGAGCAAAUGACAGAGUGCCUCGGGGACGACAAAGUGAGGCUGUUUGUGGCAAAUGGUCUGCACCAUUUAUUCGAGACGUUUUAUUUCCUCGAGGAUGAUGAGCCAGGCAUGUCUGCUAUUAGAGAUGCAUUAAAGUGUCUUGACGGCUUAGUUGCAGCAGCAUCGGAAUAA